GAGCUUCAAUCUCUAUUUGCGUGAUCCUGUGGUAAUGAACUCCUAUACAUCUCCUGUAUUUUGCUUUAGCUUGUUCUUGUUCUUGUUUUCUGUUUUUUAGUUUUUUAGUUUUUUUUUGUUUUUGUUUUUUCACAUCCUUUCCACUCUUAUCCUUGUGCCUUUUAUGAAUAGUUUUGUAAGAUCAUUCUUUAUUUGUUAGAUGGAGCUAAACCUCACUUCAGAAAAUGUAAAUGUGCUUCAAAAGAAUAAAAUAUUACUUGAAAUAAUUUUAUGAUCAACCAUUUACCAUUCUAAAUUAAAACCUUAUUUCUCUUUCUUCCCUGUUUGGCUAUCUCUUCAGUAUAACGCCUGCCUUAUGAGUGGUAUUUCAUUGGCUAUGCACUUUAUGUAAGCUCAACUCUUAAUCGGAAAGUUGGUAGGAAGUUUUGUGUGCAGUGUAGAUGUAUUGCCCAAUAUUUCUAUUAUACUUAAGAGAAAAGAUUAAUACAUCUCCCAAUUGGUCGGUAAACUCUUUCUAAAUUACUCUUAUGUAUUUUCAUAUUAUGUGUAUUGUCAUGCUAUAGAUGUAAAAUGCAUGUGAUGCAACAAUAAAGUUGGACAAUUGGAAAGGAAAAGAAGAACAAAAUUGACUGCAUUCUUCUGCAGUUAAAGGUGGCACUAUGCGAUGCAAUGUUGGGCUUGAUGUAGUACUGGGUGGUAAAUUUGCUAUCUGGUAAUUGAACACAAAAUUCCAACAAUGAUAGGAUAGAUGGAGCUAAAGAAUAAAAAUAGAUUGAAGAAGGAACUAGGGCAAUGAGUUUCUAGGGUUUAUAACCCCAAUGCAGAGCUCAUGUCCAGAAAUUUAAUUAUGAGAAAACAGAUAUAAGAGCCAACAUAGGAGGAUCUCUUAGAAGCUGUAGAGCACUAGAAUCCUAGCUCUUGGUCUCUUUCAAAGUUUUAAUCUCAUCCUUCCAUUUAUUAAAGCCACAUGAUAAUCAUGUCACUACUUAAAAGAUAAGCACAAUGAUAGCCCAAGUAAAUUAGCUAAACAAGGGCUUUGGAAAAUUCUUGGGUGUAUCGGUUGUGAGCUUUGAGGAGGAGGCAAUGGCAUCACUGAUGAAUAUUGAGAAGAACUGGAAAGAAGCUCACAAAGCAGAAGAGGGAUGGUAGGAGAUUUGCUUGGUCAGUGAAUUACAAAGGAAUAGGUGACUGGAUGGAGUGGUAGAAAGCAGCAAAGGGGCUAAAACUCAAGGCCGAGGAACCUCUCUAUGGCCCAGACAAUAUAAGACUAGUGAAGAGCUUUCUGAAGAGGUGGAAGUUGGGGUAUUUGUGUGAACAAGAAACAAAAUUGGAGAACAUCAGGGGAGCUUGAUAUGUGGGUGUUUCCUUGUGGAGUUACUCUAAUUUUGGGGGAUAGCAGGAGCGUAAAUAAAAUUGAAUUGAUAUCACAUUAGGGAAGGUGGAAAGCAUGUCAUUUCCUGUUUAUUUGGGUUUGUUGAAGAUAAACAGCUUAAAGAAAUAAUUGUAACCUUUUUGUUAUUAAGUGGAGUCAUUGUUGGUAUAUUGGUGUGGAUUUAACACUUUUCAUUUUCACGAAGGAGCAUUAAAAUGGCAAUAGCCCUGAGAAAUUUCACUUGGUCACAUGAUGAGAUUCAGGCUUUCAGCUUAGACGUCCUGAAUUGGUAGAUUUGUUGUUUAGGUUGAUUGUGAAGAGUGCAUUCUGGACUUUUGCUGGUGUGCUUGCUAAGACUCAUGUCUGAGUACACUCCUCUUAUGUUCAACUGUGGAGGUAGGUUCAGAGGCAAGCGCUCCUUCCGCUUUGAAAGUAUGGGGCUGAAUGAAAAUGAGUUAGGGGAGCUCAUUCAAAGAUGGUGAAGUUACAAAACAGUGGAUCCUCCAAGCUGUAACUUCAAAUGCUGAUUUAAAGAAAUGUAAUAACAAAGUUGUUGCAAAGAAGGGGGCCACAGUUGCCCAUAGUAGUUAAAAGCGCGCCUCCUAGGCGCAAGGCGCAGUGAGGCGAUGAGUCCGCCGCCUCAUACCAGGUGGGGCGAGGCGACCUGCAAGAGGCGACCCCAGGCGAGACGAGGCGCAGUGAAGCGCGAGGCGCAGUGAGGCGCGCCUUGUGUAUUUUUAAGCCACUUGAAGGAGACAAAUAGCCCAAGCCAGACUCGUAUCCCUUAUUCGACUCAAACGAACAGAGCCCUAGCCCCUUUCGACCCUUCGAAGCCCUUCGUGAGUUCGUUUGCGAGCCUUUGAACCAGCCGGAAGCCUUCGCGACUUCGUCUUCGAGCUUCGACCAGGAUCGUGAGUUCAUCUUCGACAUUUUGAAGAAGCACGACCUGCGCAACUUCGUUUCGAACCAGCCGGAGCCCUCGCGAGUUCGUCUGCCUGCCUUCGAAGCAGUCGUGAGUUCGUCUGACUGCCUUCGAGCACGACGUGAGUUCGUCACGUCGCCUUCAACACUUCGAACCUUUGUAAGUCUUCUUCUUCUUCUUCUUCUGCUGCUGCUGCUGCUUGCGUCCCGCUGCCUGCUGCUUCUCUUCUCUUCUUCUUCUUCUGCUGCUGCUUCUCUUCUUCUUCUUCUUCUUCUUCCUGCUGCAUGCUUGCUGCGUGCUGCUGACUGCUGACUGCUGCCUGCUUUUUUUUUUCUUCUUCUUCUUCUUUAUAUGUAAGCUUACUGUUUUUUAAUUUAUAAUAUUUAGUUUAACUAAUGUAAGCUUAUAAAUUAUAACUAAUAACAUAAUAUUUAUUUUUUUCAAAGAAAUUUAGCUACUGUUUUUUAAUUUAUAAUAUUAAGUUCAAUUAAUGUAAGCUUACAAUUUAUAACUAAUACAUAAUAUGUAUAUUUUUUACAGAAAUUUAGCUACUGUUUUUUAAUUUAUAAUAUUAAGUUUAAUUAAUGUAAGCUUACAAAUUAUAACUAAUACAUAAUAUUUAUUUUUUUUACAGAAAUUUAGCUACUGUUUUUUAAUUUAUAAUAUUUAGUUUAAUUAAUGUAAGUUUAUAAAUUAUAACUAAUACAUAAUAUUUAUUCUUUUUAUUGAAAUUUAGGUACUGUUUUUUAAUUUGUUUGGAAAUGCAUUAUGUAAGUCUUAAAUUAUAAAUAUAUGAUGCAUUGUUUUUUCAGUUAGGAUACGGGAUACCAAGUCUAAAAUCUUAAAUGGAUUCUAGUUCUGGAUGUGAGGCCUCGUCAAAGAAAGAUCCCGCAUGGAAUUAUGCACAUUUGGAGGAUAAAAAAAAUAGAAAUAAUUUGACUUGCAAUUUUUGUGCUAAAGUCACAAGGGGAGGAAUAUUUCGAGCAAAACAACACAUUGUCGGAGGAUUUCGAAAUGUGAAAGAAUGCUCUAAGUGCCCUACUCAUGUACGUGAGGAGAUUAAAGAGUAUAUGUUGAAGAAAGAUAUGGAAAAGGAGGAAAAUGAGUUAUUGCUCGACUUUGAUGAUAUAGAUCAUUACGGUGAAGAUGAAGAAGAUGAAGUUCAAGAAAUUGACAUUCGUGGCAAGAGAGUGUUACUAGUGAUGGAAGUAAAAGAUCAUACCAAUCCAACUUGAAGAAACCAAAACAGAAGGGGCCUAUAGACUUGUUUUUUACUCCCGAUCCAAAGAAAGCGAUUCAAGCUAGGAAAGAAGGGAAGAUGAAGCAAACAUCAAUAAAUGAAGCGUGCAAAAAAGAACUUAGAAAAAAGGCAAUGGGAGAUUUUGCUAGGUGGAUGUAUGAUGCUGGGAUACCAUUUAAUGCUGUACGUUUGAGCAGCUUUGCAGUGGCACUUGAAUCGAUUGGACAAUAUGGUCCUGGAAUAAAGCCACUUAGCUAUCAUGAAGUGAGAGUUCCUUACCUAAAGGAGGAAGUCAGUCGAAUGAAAGAGUUGUUGAAGGUCCAUAAGGAGGAAUGGACAAAAUAUGGCUGCUCAAUUAUGUCUGAUGGUUGGAGAGAUUCAGUUGCUAAUAAGGACAUAAUCAACUUUUUAGUGAACUCUCCAAGGGGAUCAGUAUUCAUCAAGUCUAUUGAUGCUUCUAAUAUUGUCUAGAAUGCAGAUAGAAUGUAUAGAUUACUUGAUGAGAUGGUCGAAGAAAUUGGAGAAUCAAAUGUGAUUCAAGUGGUAACUGACAAUGCGUCAAACUAUGUUGCAGCAGGGAGAUUGUUGGAAGCAAAGAGGCCACAUUUAUAUUGGACACCGUGUGCUGCUCAUUGCAUUGAUUUAAUUUUGGAGGAUAUUGGGAAGAUGCCUUCAAUUCAUGCAACUUUGAAAAGGGCAAUUUUUUUGAAUGGCUAUGUCUAUAAUCGUGUUGGCGUUGUCAACUUGAUGAGACAAUUCACUGGAGGAAAGGAGUUACUAAGACCUGCAGUUACAAGAUUUGCAACUGCCUUCAUCACUCUUCGUUCAAUCCAUCUUCAAAAGAAUAACUUGAGGAAGAUGUUUACUUCUGAAGAUUGGAAUACUACUAAAUGGGCAAAGGAGGCGGCUGGCAAAAGAGCAGCUACUAUUGUUUUGAUGCCUACUUUUUGGAGUACCAUCGUCUAUGCUCUUAAGUUAACAGGUCCACUUGUUCGUGUACUCCGUUUGGUUGAUGGGGAAAAGAAGCCUGCAAUGGGAUAUAUUUAUGAAGCAAUGGAUAGGGCUAAGGAAGCCAUAGCUAAGGCUUUUGGUGAGAGAGAGGAUAAAUUCAAGGAGGCAUUUGAAAUUAUUGAUACGAGGUGGGGAUGCCAACUCCAUCAACCGUUGCAUGCAGCUGCACAUUACUUGAAUCCAGAAUUUUUUUAUUCAAACCCCAACAUUUUGCAAGAUGAAGAAAUUAUGACGGGUUUGUACAAAUGUGUUGGAAGGUUAGUGCCAACUAUUGAAAUGCAAGAUAAAGUUUCAAAUGAGUUGGAAAAAUACAAUGCCGCUAGUGGCGUCUUUGGAAUUAGUUUGGCAGUGAGACAAAGGAAGACAAAAGCACCAGCGCAAUGGUGGAUGGCAUAUGGAUCAACAACUCCAAACUUGCAAAAGUUUGCUGUGAAAAUUCUUAGCCUCACGUGUAGUGCUACCGGCUGCGAAAGAAAUUGGAGCAUAUUCCAACAUCUUCAUAGCAAAAGGAGAAAUAGGCUAUCUCAGCAACGCUUGAAUGAUUUGGUAUUUGUGAAAUAUAAUCGAACUUUGAGGCGUCGAUACGACAAACGUGACACCAUUGAUCCCAUCCUCCUGAAGGACAUUGAUGAUAGUAAUGAGUGGUUGAUUGGUAGGAUGGAUGGUGAUUUUGAUGAGGAUGAUGAACUUGUGUUUGAAGAUGAUAAUUUGACUUGGGAUUCUGUUGCUAGAGCCGCUGGACUAAAUAACCCCCCGCAUCACACUAGAUCAAGAAUAAGUACAAAUAUGCCAUCAUCGUCUAAAGGAAGAGGAAGGGCUUCAUCUAGUAGUGCAACCACUGCUAGGGGUCGGAUCACAAUGUUGGAACUUGUAGAUGAGGAUGAAAUCCAAGUUGAUAGUGUAGAGGAGACGGAAGAGGAAAAAGAUGUUGGAGAAAACAGUUCUAAUGAUGAAGAGGAAGAUGAUGAUAUCUUCACCGACCUAGUUGAUGAUGAGUGAUGAAUGAUGAUUGAGGAGGAUUUUUAGAUUUUAUAUUUUGAAAUCUUUUAUUGUACUCUUUUCUUUUGAUGUUGAACUAUGUUGAAUUGUUGAGGCUUUUGGGCUUUGUCUUGGCAAUUUUAUUAAAUUUCCAAUUUUUU